AUGGACAGCGACGACGAUUACCAGUCGUUGUCGCCGCAAAAGGAACAGUCGCCGCAAGUCCAACACCGGCGUCUCAAGCGCUUGAAGAAAUCCAGCUCAAAACCCUCAGAUGAUCCUUUGCUCGUAUCAAUCGACGACCCGCUGUUGUUUCCCAGCGACGAUUUCGCGAGAUUGGAAGCUUUGGAGAAUGGUACGGCGACUCCCGAUUCAUCUUCCGACGACUCAGAUUCAACCGAGGAGGCAGAUUUAUCCCGGAAGUCGGCAUCGCAGGGAUUUGAUGAAAUGGAAAGUGGGCCUGUUGAGAAGGUUAAGAAAACAAAGAGGGUUUUGGAGUUUGAUGACGCUGUGACGGGUGGUGGUGAUGCAGGGGAAGGGUUUGAGGGUUUUGAGCUGGAUAAGGACGGGAAGAAAAGGAAUGGAGAAGCGGAUGUGCUUGGUGAAGGAGACGAUGAUAUGAAGAUAAAGAGGAAGAAGAAGAAGAAGAGUGGGGAUAGCAAUGGUGGUGAUGGGUUGCAGACCAAUUUGCGGGGUUCAAAUAAAAGGACAGAAAAAAAGGAAAGGAAUGCUUACCUGAAGGAGCUUCAUGCUGAAUCUCAGAGACUAUUACGAGAAACAAGGGAUGCAUCAUUUAAACCCAUACCAGUUGUGCAGAAGCCUAUAUCAUCAGUUUUAGAUAAAAUACGGAAGCGAAAGCUCGAAAUCUCAAAGAAAUUUGUGGACAUACAAGACCGGAAUUAUGUUUAUGAUGGAAGUAUCAGUCCAAAAGAUGGAAUAGGGGACCUUGAUGUCUCCUAUGAAGAGGGGGAAGAAGAAAUUUUGGAAAUAUUAGUGGAAAAGGAGAAAGUUGCGCCUUCCCUGGAAGAAUCAAGUAGCUUGGCUGCUUCCAGUAUGGACGGACUCACAGACACUGCUAAACAGACAAUUAAUGAGAAUCAUCUGCAACAAUCACCAGUUGAAGAUGCACAACCUGCAUUUAGAGCACCGGUGUUUGACACAGAGGAUCUUUUCGAUGACUUAGAACCAAAUGGUAUAAAAGCCAUAGCAAGUGAUGAACCGAGCAGUCCUAUGGAGGAAGACUUUGCUCCAUCCUUGCUUACUUUGAACUUGAAGUUUGAUUCAGCUCCUGUUGAUGACAGUGCUUCAGAUGAAGAUGAUAAUGACAAAGAGAAUGUUGAUCCCCAUCCCUGUGGAAUUGCCGAUGGUAGCUCAAGUCCAAAAGGGGAAUUUGCAAAAGACUUUAUUGAUGAUGAAGCAGAGGAAGAAGAUGACAGCGAUAACGAUCUUAGUCGCUUCAAAGAAAAUGAUGAUGCAGAGGAUGUUGAAGAUUUUGUUGAACUUAAUGAUAUGAUAGCAACUGGGUACGAAGAAAAGUCCAUCGACAAUGAAAGGCGUAAUGAACUUCAUCAGAAGUGGCUUGAGCAACAAGAUGCUGCGGGAACUGAUAAGCUUAUGCAGAAAUUGAAUUUUGGUUCAGGACUCAGAGAAGCAAUGUUACUGGACAAGGAACCUGAAAUUGAUGAGAACGAUCAAGAACUUGAUGACGAUGAUGAUGAUGACGACGUUGACGAUGAAAGUGAUGGAGGGGAAGAAAAUCCUCUUCCACGGAAAACUGCCAGAAUAAAUACAAAAAAGGCCAAACAGGUAAUUUUACAGAUGUUGACUGACAAAGACGAUGCUUAUGUAUCAGAUGAUGAUGAUGACACACAAAGGCAGCAUGCUCGUCGCCUCCUUAUUAGAAAAGAAGAGCAGACUACUGUUGUGUCACCUGCCGAAGAUGAGAAUUCUCGGGAAGUCUUUGGUCUCAUUAAGAAGCUAAAUAUUGUCCCUGACAAUAAGAAAAAACCAAAAGCAUUGUCAUUCUUUGACACGGUAUUAAGGGGAGGAAAUAGCAACAGCUCUUCAAAGUCAUCUUUCCUUGGAAGAGUAUCAAACCAUUCAAUUUCAUCAUCUCACAAGCAAGGGUCAGGAGCAGUUCGAGCUUUUAUUUUUGGAAGGGAUGACAGUAAUAGCAGAAGUUCCAUGUCAAUUUCAGAGGAUUCUUCGGAUAAUGUUUCUCAAGAAGCUCGACCCACCAGGACUCUAACUGCUAAAUAUAUCAGCUCGCAGACCAAAUUCACAAGCCAAAGCCGACAACCUGCUUUAGAAACAUCAUCAAGGACUUCAUUGCUCGAUAUUUUGAAGCAAUCGUCAUCACGGCCACAAGCCUGCAACACAGACACUACAGUCGAUCUGAUGAAAGGCAUAUUUGCUUUGAGAGCUCCAAAAAACCCGACUAAGUUGGAAGGAAGAAGCUAA